UCCGCUUUCAGCCAAAAAAAAAAACGAAAGCGUCUCUUUCUUUGGAGAAUUAUCUCCUUUUCUCGUCUUUCCAUGUUGUUUUCCCUUUGAAAUUUCCGUCUAAAAUCUUCGUUUUCCCCAGAGAAUUUCGUGGAAUUGAUGAUCGGAUCUUGAUUGAGAAGCUGUAAAUAAGGAUCUGAUUUCGGGGAUUAGGGUUUUGUGUACAGUCGUUUAGGGCGAAAAUGUUGGUGCAGAGAAGAGUGAUGAGCUGGAGGAGAGUGUGGAAGUCGGUGCAAGCUGCGGCGGCGCAUGUUUUGCUUUUCUCCUUCACCCUUCUUCUCGUUCUGAAGCUCGAUCAUGUCGUCACCCAUUCAUGGUGGAUUGUAUUUGCACCCUUGUGGCUAUUUCAUGCUGUGAUUGCACGCGGUAGAUUUUCCCUGCCUGCUCCAUCAAUGCCUCAUGAUCGGCAUUGGGCCCCUUUUCAUGCGGUCAUGGCAACGCCAUUGCUUGUUGCUUUUGAGCUUCUUCUUUGUGUUCAUCUUGAAGAUAAAUAUGUUGUAGACUUGAAGAUUGUCUUCCUUCCCUUGCUUGCAUUUGAGGUAGCAAUUUUGAUUGAUAAUGUCAGAAUGUGCAGGACACUCAUGCCUGGAGAUGAGGAAACAAUGAGUGAUGAAGCCAUAUGGGAGACGCUUCCUCACUUUUGGGUUUCAAUAUCUAUGGUUUUCUUCAUUGCUGCCACAACUUUCACUCUUCUGAAGCUAUGUGGUGAUGUAGCUGCAUUGGGAUGGUGGGACUUAUUUAUAAACUUUGGAAUAGCAGAGUCAUUUGCUUUUCUUGUCUGUACAAAGUGGAGCAAUCCAUCAAUUCAUAGGUAUUCACAUGUACCGGAACCUAGCACAUCUUCAAUGAUUGUGAGAUAUCUCGACUGGAACAGAGGUCUAGUUGUAAACAAUGAUGAAGACAAUCAGCAAAACAACAGAAUGUGCAGUCUCCAAGAUAUCGGUGGGCACGUUAUGAAAAUUCCGUUCAUUACUUUCCAGAUCCUUCUUUUCAUGCGCUUAGAGGGAACACCUUCUGCUGCAAGAAGCUUGCCGAAUUUAAUUCUUUUUAUACCUCUUUUCCUGCUUCAAGGAGCUGGGAUGUUAUUCGCGACAUAUAAAUUGGUUGAGAAAUUAGUCCUACUGUUACAGAAUGGAAAUGGUUCGUAUGGAAGAUACUUUGCUGCAACAUCCUCAGCUCGUGAAUUCUUAGGUUUCUUUCACCAUGGCGCAAGGCUAUUGGGUUGGUGGUCAAUUGACGAAGGAAGUCGGGAGGAGCAGGCUAGACUCUAUUCUGGCCAAUCUACGGGGUAUAACACGUUCUCUCCUGAUGUGGUGAAGAAAAUGCCGAAAUCAGACCUCGUUGAAGAGAUAUGGAGGCUACAGGCAGCACUCAGUGAACAAACAGAAAUCACCAAUUAUAGCCAGCAGGAGUAUGAAAGGCUUCAAAACGAGAAGAUUCUGUGUAGAGUUUGCUUUGAAGAUCCCAUCAACAUGGUUCUACUUCCGUGUAGACAUCAUGUCCUAUGCAGCACGUGCUGCGAGAAAUGCAAGAAAUGCCCAAUCUGCAGAGUCAUGAUCGAGGAGCGAAUGCCUGUCUUUGAUGUGUAAAAAAAAAAUCAACAGUUUUUUUUCCUUCCAAAGGGUACACACUCUCACUCUCAUUGUUGCUUGUUUGUAAUGUUUUUUGUCACGAAGCAAGCGCUUUGGCUUCUCCCCGUAAAUGGAAAAUAUGAUUCGUUUUCCAUUUCUGCUUCCGUGUUUAUACAUAUAUGUAUACGUGUAUAUUGUAAACGCUCCUAAAUUUCAUGGAACAGUUUCUUUUUUUC